ACAUUUAUUACACGUGGAAGAGAGUGGCUGGUUGGGAAUUUGAAUUCAUCAACAAAAUAUUAUGUUCGUGUUCUUGCAAGUACUAAAGUUGGUCAUGGAAACUACAGUGAAAGUAAAGGAUUUUUUACGAAUGGAAGUAAGUACAACAUGGAUAUAUCGACAUAUAUUUUGUUUGUACUGUUUGUGGCUCUAAGAAUACUUCUGUUCCGAAUUUCAUACUUACUAUUUGAUUUUGUUUAACGCACUGUAAUUUUUUUUUAAUGGUUUUGUUUCUUACCUAUUGUAGUGUAUGGGAUUUAGUACUUUUUGGUGUAUGUUAUUUAGUUUAGGUUUAGGUAAAAUACCAUGCUCCAACAGCUCUGAUAUAGUUGAUAACGAAGCCAAGAUGGCGAAUAUUUGUACUUUGAAAUUAUGAUUUUAAUCUAUAACAAUCCGUAUUAUUUGUAUGUUGCCGAAGCAUAUAACAUUGGUGACGAGGUAAAACAAUACUUGUAGAAGUGUUUUACAACAAAAAUAAACGAAAUACAUGGAAGAAAACGACAAUAAUAGUAUCAAAACUUUUGACUGUUUUCGAGACCCUGAAACACUUGGAUUAAGAUGGAAACGGUGGUUGUCUGGUUUCGAGUUGUAUGCAGAUGGAAAAUUCCUGAUCAUUGCUGGUGAUAACGCGACAGUAAAACAGAGGAGACGUGCCUUAUUGCUACAUUUAGCAGGACCAGAUGUUCAGGAUAUAUUUUCAACCGUACCAAAUACAGGUGGUGUUCAAAUUAUAAGAAAACUAUUGACGCUUUGAAUACAUACUUUAUUCCGAAAAUUGAUACUACAUAUGCUAGACAUUGUUUCAGAAAAUUAACACAAGCUCGAGGAGAAACAGUUCGACGGUUUGCAACUAGAUUGAGACGAGCUGCAAAAGACUGCGGUUAUGGAGAUGAAUCAGACAAUCGAAUUCGUGAUGAAAUUCUCUGUAAAUGUUCAAGCUCGUACAUUAAAAGGAAACUCUUGGAGGAGGGUCAAGGACUUACCCUAGAACGAGCACUCUAAGUCGCUGAAAACUGUUAAAAAGUUGAUUCGCAGUUGGCAGCGAUGUCGAUAGUGAAACGAGGAGGUGUUGAAGUUGCGAAUUAUGUAAAAGGUAAAAAGCGUGAUUGGUGUGACAGUAAUAAGAAACAAAGAACUGGUCAAGAUAAAAGCUGCUACAGAUGCGGUAAACUGGGUCAUUUUGAAAAAGAUCCCAGCUGCCCCGCGAAGGGAAAGGUCUGUCGAAAGUGUGGUUUAAAGGAUCAUUUCGAAGCCCAAUGUAAGACGACGCCCAAGGAAGAGAAAGGUAAUAACGUCAGCAGACACCAACAGCGUAGAAGAGCGGUCAAUGUGAUCAACCCAGAGGAAGAGUAUCCAGCAUAUGCAUUUAUCGUGGGAAGCACCAAGCCAGAGAAAGUUGAAGUUACUGUUGGAGGAUGUCAAUUGAAUAUGAUCAUUGAUUCUGGUGCGAGCGUUAAUAUCGUAGAUAAACAAACGUGGGAAUGGCUGAAGAAAAAUCGAGUUGUGUGUACGUCAUCUCGUUCAGAAAAGAAACUCUAUACGUACGCUUCACAGACACCAUUGGAGAUAAUCGAGACAUUCAAUUGUAAAAUCUCUGUUGGUCAUCACGUCGUGGAUGCAGAAGUCUGUAUUAUUUCUGGGCGAGGAGAGUCACUCCUUGGCAAAGAUACAGCUAUGAAACUAGGAGUUCUUAACAUGGUCGUUGAUGUUGCUUCAGUCAAGUCAAGUCCGGACUGCAGAAUGUUGGUGAAAUGUUUCAGAGGAAAUACCCAGAGGUCUUUAAAGGUGUUGGUAAGUUGGAGGGUAGGACAGUACAACUUUACAUAAACUCUGAUGUAAAGCCAGUAGCUCAGCCAGUUCGAAGGAUUCCAUUCAACAUGCGACCCAAAGUAGAAGAGAAGAUUAAACAGCUUAUAAGCCUAGAUAUUAUAGAACCAGUGGAAGGACCGACUUCAUGGAAUCAUGGGUCAAUCCAGUGGUCAUAGUCCGGAAACCGAGAUAGAUAAACCGUUUAUUAGAAUCAUAUGGCAGCCUUCCGGCUGAAUUGCAUGAAGCUUUACAAAACUUUAUACAAAAUUUAAAAUUUAUAAACUACAAUAAUAAUUUAUAAAUUACUAUACAUAUGCAUACAAUAAAAUGGUAAGAAGACAUCUACAUAAUAUAUUAUUUAUUUAAGAGACUUUACAUUAUAAAAGUGUUCCUAAAUCUGUUUGUACGGAACUUAGGAAUAUAAAAUUGUUUUGAACUUCGAAAAUGAUAAAUAUCUGGAACGUUCAUAGGCAAUAAAUGGUGGAGUUUAUGAUUCUCAUCGUCAACGAUUAAUUUAAAAAGUUUACUACACAGAUCUUCUCAUCUCAACCAUAGACUCUUCACAUCUAGAGUAGUCCAGGCAUCUUCAUACGAUAGAUCCGGGAAAAGUUAUACGCAAUGCCCUUUUUUGAAUUCUUUCAAUUACGUCGAUAAAUAUUUAGGUAAGCUACAAUGGAAAACCUGGCAAGCAUAUUCGAGGAUCGUUCUGAUGGAUGCAAUAAAAAAGCAUUUUAAAUCUUUGCUAUCAAGACCAGACCUCUUCAGUUGUUUCAGUAGAUAAAGACGUUUUGCAGCUUUCUUAGUUAUUUUGUUAACAUGUUCAUUCCAUUUUAGAUCUUGAGUUAUCGACAUCCCGAGAAUUAUUGCCUUUUCUACCCGAGCAGUGGUUUGUCCCUGUAUUAAAAUAGGUGCAAAGUCUGGCCGGUUCUGUUGAAAGUUAAUUACCAUUUCCUUAUAUUUUUUUAUUAAGUUCAAAUUUAUUACAAACGGACCAAUCCACAACAGAGUUUGUCACUUCCUGAAUGGAAUCAGUACUAUCUUGGUAAGAAAGGUAUUACCAAAUAUUGGUAUAAUCAGCAUAUUUAAUCAUAUCACCCAUAAUCAUCUGAGAUCAUGAGGUCAUUUAUCAUAACGAGGAAUAACCAAGGGCCGAGCUUUGUCCCUUGUGGAACUCCAGCAUUAACUGGUUUCCACAUUGAAAAAAAUUUUGAGUUUAGUUUUACUCUUUGGGAUCUUUCACACAGAAAGUCCACAAUCCAGUUAAAAACCAACGGUUUCAGCCCCAGUUUCCGUAACUUCUCAUAAAGUAUAUUAUGAUCUAUCAGGUCAAAUACUUUACUAUAGUCCGUUAAGAGUAUCCGUACAGAUCCGCCCGUCUUGUCAACUGCCUCUGACCAGCGGUGAAUCAUAGAGAUUAGUGCAAGGGUGGUAUUAGAUCCUGAUAUAAACUCGUUUUGUUUAAGAUCAUGAAUACAUUUCAUUUCAUUAACGUCGGUUUAAGAUAUUUCGCAAUUACAAAUUCCUCUGCAAAUUUACAUAAAGUUGAAGUCAAGGAGAUGGGUCUAAGAUCAUUGUUAACAUUCAACACUUGUUUAGAUUUGGGAAUUGAGCAAACAUUCGCCAACUGCCAAACCAAAGGCAACCGACCCUCUUUAAAGGAGCCAUUCAGAAUCACUGCAAUUGGAGCUGCCAAUAAUGCAGCAAAUUUCUGCAAAACCCAGUUCGGUAAAUUAUCAGGACCGCUUGCUUUACCGCUUGCUUUAUGCGAUGUAGACAUGUCCAUACAUCCUCUUCGGACACAACUAUCACGGCAUCAUUCUCUGGUAUAGGUGAAAUAUUUUCAUCCAGAGGUGGGUAAUUUUGCAUAUAGGAUCCAGGAAAGUGUUGUUAAUCAUGUUGGCAAGUGUAUCAGGGUCUUGAGUGUCAUGCUCUAAAUUUGAAAAUAUAUUAUUAUUCCCUGAUCCUGAUGGAAGACCACACGGACGUUUCACUUCAUACCACCAAUUUAGGCUUACUUUGUUUAAUAUCUUUUACUUUUGCUUCGUAGUACGCUUUCCGACACUUUUUUCUCAUUCUUCGUUAUUCCGUGCAAAAGCUCUUUGUCUUUUAAUUUAUGGAUAAGAGAUUUAAGGUUGGAACUCAUCCAUGGUCGGCCAUUCUUCAGUGUCUUUACAGUUUUUAGUGGCGCCAAGGUAUUUAGUCCGUAGUUAAUAAUAUUAGUUAGAGAAUCUAGAUUUUUUGGUCAUGGAUUCAGGGGUAAUUACGAGAUUCCAUGGGAUUUCACAAAAAAAACGUCCGAGGCGUCGUAUGGUACUAGGCCUUCUGUCCCGUACAUGAUACACUUGUGUCGCUUUAGAAUCCUUCGACCUAAGCUUAGAUGACACGAAAACAGUUAGAUAAUCAGACAGACCCAAAGGUGGAGCGCAAGAUGGUAUAUCAUAAAAAGCAGCGAGAUUGGUGAGAAUUAAAUCCAAUUUACUUGAUCCCCUAGUUGGGGAGUUAACAAUCUGCUUUAGUUGAAAUUGGCGACAAAUGUGCCGAAUAGGUAGUUUAUUAAAGUCGCCUGCUGUAAUUAGUCCACAAUUUGGAUACUUCGCUUCGACGGAUUCUAGAGAUGACUGCAAGUAUUUUAACAUGAGUUUAUUAUUCGCACUGGGGGGGGGGGGGUAUAACACAGCUAUAAUGAGCCUGGAGAAACUUCUCGGUAUGCGACGUGGGUUAAUAACAGGGAUAUAAGACUUUGUGUUGACAUGCGCAGAUAAGGGGAGAUAAGACUUUGUGUUGACAUGCGCAGAGCGAAUGAGGCUAUCAUGCGUGAAAGACACCCCAUCCCCACGAUUGAUGAAAUUACACAAGGCAUGAAUGGAAGUAGUGUGUUCAGUAAGCUUGAUUUAAAGUGGGGGUACCACCAGUUGGAACUAACCCCUGAAUCAAAAGAUAUUACUACAUUUGUCACCCACUGCGGAUUAUACAGAUAUAAAAGGUUACUGUUUGGAGUCGAUUCUGCAUCAGAGCAAUACCAACACGAGACCCAGAGAGUACUUGCAGGAUUGGUAGGACAGGUAAAUAUAUCUGAUGAUAUCAUUGUGCAUGGGCAAAACCAAGAAGAGCAUGACACUCGGUUAGAGAAUGUUAUCAAGCGACUGGGAGAUUUUGGUUUAACACUCAAUGUCGAAAAGUGUCAAUUUAACAUGAGUGGUUUGAUAUUUCUUGGAAUGCUUUUGUCUGUAAAUGGCAUUAGCUGCACGGAAGAGAAGGUGAGAGCAGUGGUUGAAGCGAGAGAGCCAGAGUCAGCGUCAGAAGUGCGAAGCUUCUUAGGUCUAGUGAAUUAGUGUGGUCGAUUUAUCCCUGACUUGGCAGCCAUAUCAGAACUCCUAAGUGUCUAACUAAGAAAGGAGUACCAUUCAAUUUUAGCUCGGAACAGAGGGAAUCGUUUCAUGAAUUGAAGAGGCGGUUAUCAAGUUCCACGACACUUCGUUAUUUUGAUAAAGACGCACCAACUCAAGUAGUUGCUGAUGCGAGUCCUGUUGGGUUAGGAGCGGUGUUGACUCAGACGCAUAAAGAUGGUCCACGAGUUAUCAGCUACGCAAGUCCCAGCCUUAACCGAAAAGAGAUACUCGCAGACAGAGAAGGAGGCCUUGGCUUUGGUAUGGGCUUGCGAGAAGUUCCACCAGUAUGUAUAUGGGAUUUCGUUUGA